CACACUGGAGCGGAGACACACAGGACGCGUUGGCGGAUGUGCAUUGUCAGUGCUGUGCGAGUGUGCGGAGCUGCUGCGGGAGGAAGGGUUUACAUUUGUGUCUGUCCGACUCUCUUUAAACAAUAACUAAUCCCCAGUCCGCCUUUCAGAUAAAUACCUGUACCUCUCGUUUCUAAACUGGCAUAUUGUUUACAUCCAGGGGAUAACCUGCAGUGGGGAAAAUAACCGCCAUUUUACCGAAUAAAAAACACGUUUUCAGUGACAGCAGCUGCACAACAUGGCUCUGAAAAGAAUUCACAAGGAGUUGAAUGACUUGGCACGUGAUCCACCGGCGCAGUGUUCAGCUGGACCUGUUGGGGAUGACAUGUUCCACUGGCAAGCCACAAUAAUGGGACCAAAUGACAGUCCUUACCAGGGUGGAGUGUUUUUCUUGACAAUUCACUUUCCCACAGAUUAUCCCUUCAAACCACCAAAGGUUGCAUUUACAACAAGAAUCUAUCACCCCAAUAUCAACAGCAAUGGCAGCAUCUGUCUGGAUAUUCUGCGCUCGCAGUGGUCUCCGGCACUCACUAUUUCAAAAGUUCUCUUGUCCAUCUGCUCACUGUUAUGUGAUCCGAAUCCAGAUGAUCCUUUAGUGCCCGAGAUUGCGCGCAUCUACAAAACCGACAGAGAGAAGUACAACAGAAUAGCUCGGGAAUGGACACAAAAGUAUGCAAUGUAGUAUUGGAGAACUGUGGAUACACCUCUACAACGAUGGAUAGGGGACUUUGAAAGAAAACAAAUCGUUUUGGUUUCCAUUUGACUGCUCUCUAUGAACCCACGCCUCCUCUUGCCCUGUGCACAUGCUUACCUGACCCAGCAGGGCUGUGUUGUACAUAUUUACCCUGUACACAUGCUUAUCUGACCCAGCAGUGCUGUGUUGUACAUAUUUACCCUGUACACAUGCUUAUCUGACCCAGCAGUGCUGUGUUGUACAUAUUUACCCUGUACACAUGCUUAUCUGACCCAGCAGUGCUGUGCUGUGUUGUACAUAUUUGCCCUGUGGACAUGCUUACCUGACCCAGCAGGGCUGUGCUGUGUUGUACAUAUUUGGAACAGCAAACUUGCAAAUACUGUGCUCCCUGUAUCUUGCUAUUUUGGCAUCGCACACAGAAGUGUGUGAAGGGCCAGUUGAUCAGUUGUAACAAAGAGUUGUGAAUCUAAAAGCAUUCCUUACCAUUUUAAAUUGGGGUACUUUGAAAUGUGUUUUUUUUUUUCUUUUCCUGUGCUUCCAGGCAAUAUUUUUCACUACUAAUCGGUGGGAGGGAGAUGUAUUUUUGUAUAAAUUAUCAGGAAUUCUGUUAAACAUAGCAGGUUAUGAAUAGAAAGAUGGUCUUCGGUUUGUUUUUGUAUUGCAGGUAAAUUCUGAAGGAAUUAUUUCUCUUUAUUUUUGCGUAAAUGUCAUGACCAGGAAUAUACCCAUUAUACCCACAUCCAAUAAAAAUGCAGGUUUUGGUCAAUAGUUGUAUAAAUAACCAAGCUAUUAGUUUUUCCUCUACCUUUUUGGAUUGCAUUUUGCUUUCAGGUCAUUAGUAUUAAUGGCUCAAAUUCCACUUUUAACUGCUCUGUUCUUUCUGUAUGUGAGGGUAUGGAUUCCUAUGAAAGAAAAAGUGUGUAUAUUUCAUGACCUGAAAGCUCAUUGAGCUUGUGUGUUUCAAUAUGAUUAAACUGUGUAAUAAACUGAUUACUAAAGUUG